AGCAGAGUAUCCCUUCCUAUGACGCACACGGAAAUACACACGCAAAAGUUAUUUGACAUUCGUUUAACAUUGCUCGCCUCGUAAUAUUAAUAAUUAGACAAGUUUUCGAAAUUUUCUCCUGUAUGUGUGAAUUUAAUCAAUUGAAUAAGAUGAAGAGGUGAAAGAAUCGUGCUACAUCAAUCUUCUUGUCGCAAAUUAGUGACGCUGAAGCGAUAUCAGUCACGAUUUCUUAUGAGAUCUAAUAAGUACAAUUCCUAAUCGAAGAAGUGUUGCAAAAAAAUACCAAAAAUGCGCAGUCGCAGUAAUUCAGGUGUUCGUCUGGACUAUUACCAGAGAAUGGUCCAGAAAAUAAUGAUGAAUCACCAGAAUCCGGUGACGGGUUUGUUUCCAGCCAGUGAGAAAAACGAUCAUGCUUGGAUCCGGGAUAAUAUUUAUUGUAUUCUUGCUGUGUGGGGAUUAUCAAUGGCAUACAAAAAAAUUGCUGAUGCCGACGAAGACAGAGCCAAAACUUAUGAAUUGGAACAAAGCUGCGUGAAGCUUAUGAGAGGCUUGCUAAUGGCAAUGAUACAGCAAAAAGAAAAAGUAGAGAAAUUUAAAACUACUCAAAAUCCUUUGGAUGCUCUACAUGCCAAAUAUAGCUCUGUUACCGGACAAACCGUUGUUGGUGAUUCUGAGUGGGGCCAUCUCCAAAUUGAUGCCAUUUCUUUGUACCUUCUGAUUCUGGCACAAAUGACUGCCUCUGGCCUCCAAAUUGUCUUCAACUUGGACGAAGUUGCUUUUAUUCAAAACUUGGUAUUCUAUAUCGAAUCUGCUUACUGCACACCGGAUUAUGGAGUAUGGGAGCGGGGUGAUAAAACGAAUCAUGGCUUACCAGAAUUGAAUGCAAGCAGUAUUGGUAUGGCAAAAGCAGCCAUGGAGGCAAUGAAUGAAUUGGAUUUGUUCGGUGCACGGGGCGGUCCGACCUCAGUGAUUCAUGUUCUCGCGGACGAAGCACAAAAAUGUCAAGCUGUUCUACAAUCAAUGCUUCCAAGAGAAUCCAACUCCAAAGAAUUGGAUAGUGGUCUCCUCUCCAUCAUCAGCUUCCCAGCUUUUGCGGUCGAUGAGCCAAAUUUGAUACAACUCACUAGAGAGGCUAUAACAAAAAAGUUACAAGGACGAUACGGAUGCAAAAGAUUCCUGCGAGAUGGCUACCGAACUGCCAAGGAAGAUCCUAAUAGACUUUAUUACGAACCAUGGGAACUUCGAAUGUUCGAAAAAAUAGAGUGCGAAUGGCCUCUAUUUUUUUGCUAUUUAAUAUUGGAUUAUUGUUUCCAAGGGAAUCAAAACGGUAUUGCCGAAUAUACGAAAGCUCUUGAGGAAGUGAUGAUCAAGGGGGACGAUGGCAUCAAAUUAGUGCCUGAAUUGUACGCCGUGACCGGGGACAAAGUAGCCGCCGAAUAUGCAGAACCUGGAAGUGCUCAACGCGAAGCCUUAGGACGAUGUCCCUUCAUGUGGGCUCAAUCUCUCUACAUUUUGGGCAAACUACUUCAAGAGGGUUUUCUCGCUGUUGGUGAAUUGGAUCCAUUAAAUAGACGACUUUGUAGUGAGAAAAAACCCGACGUCGUGGUACAAGUCGUGAUAUUGGCUGAAGACGCUGAAAUUCGUGAAAAAAUAGCUCAGCACGAUAUCCACGUUCAAACAAUCGCAGAAGUUGCACCGAUCGAAGUACAACCGGCCAAAGUCCUCAGUCAUUUGUACACCUAUUUGGGUCGUAAUAGGAAGUUGGGAUUGUCAGGUCGAAAAUCAAGAGACGUGGGAAUUUUGAGUACGAGUAAAUUGUAUUCUCUAAACGACAAAAUAUUCGCUUUCACGCCUCAGAACUUUGACUCGGAGGAACUCUACGUAACGAACGAUGCUGCCUUCCUCGCUGAUACUUUUACGACAAAUCUGGCCUUCGUCACCAUCAACUGGAGGCAAAUGCUUGGCAGGCCAACCGUUACACUCGUUGCCACUCAUAAUCACUUAGAUCAGGGGAAAAUCCCGUUGGCUAUGAUAACUACAAUGAAAAAACUAAAAAGCGGAUACAUCAAUGGCACCAGAGUUUCUCUUGGAAAUCUUAACGAUUUCCUCAGUACUUCAUGCAUCACAAACUUGAGCUUUCUGGGGAGCUCUGAGGAUGGUCGACCGGAUAAAUUGAAUCCACAGGUGCAUCAGUAUUUGGAGGAGCAUCUCAUGAGACCGUUUCCUCAUCGCACGGGUUUGUUGAAUCGAUCCGUUGGACGAAGCAGAAGUACUUUGAGACGAAGAAUGUCUGUAAAAGGAGCCAUAAAAAAAACGAGAUCGAUAGCUGUCGAACCGGAAGUUCCUAUCGUCAACCCAGACUCCGAAAUCCUUGGCAUGGCUGGUGAAGAUCGCAGACCAUCGACGAUAAGCUUGAAUCAUCCGUACAUAGAGGUAACAGACACUACGUCGCCCAUAACGAGUCCUUUGUCACUGCCAACGCGACCUGAUCGAACACCGUCGCCCAUCGAUGAGCCAAUGCCCUGGAGAAAUUCGCCAAAACCUCACAGACAUCGAGUCUCGUCUGAAACUCAAUAUGCUGACACCGAAGUUGAAGAAUUGCUUACUAUGCUGCGCGAAGCUGACAGUCUUGAGGAGCAAGGAGAUAUUCUGCAGUAUCUGGUUGAUUCUCAAGGCUUGUACUUCAACACGGGAAUGCUGGAAGAGGGACAUCCCGUAUUGAUAAAAGAUUUGUUAAAAGGACUUUACGAAAAAGCAUGCCAGCAAAAAAUGUGGGGAAUAGUACGCCAUACGGCAGGUAUGCUUGGGAAAAGAGUGGAAGAUCUUGCUAAAGCUGUGACGGAUUUGUUGGUGCGACAGAAACAAGUUACGGUCGGUAUGCCACCCGCCAACGAGCACACCAUAGUUGCUCCCUUGCCUGAAAACGAAUUACGCUCGCUGAUACAUUUGGCUUACGGAGACGACGAAUCAACGGCAAUGCUGACGCAAGAGUUACUCGUUUAUUUGGCAAUGUUCAUAAGAACUGAGCCACAAUUGUUCCACGAAAUGUUACGACUUCGCGUUGGUCUGAUAAUUCAAGUUAUGGCCACCGAAUUAUCGCGUACGCUUAUAUGCACCGGUGAAGAGGCCUCUGAACAUUUGCUCAAUCUCUCACCUUUCGAAAUGAAAAAUUUGCUGCACCAUAUUAUGAGUGGCAAGGAGUUUGCCAUUAGCAGUGUCGGACGCGGAAACUUCUCCGUAAUCAGUUGCAAGUCCAGCCGUCUUAGCAAGAAAUCACAAAUUGGUGGUUUUCUCAACGUCGAUCAGACAGACGGUGGUGAAAUGGAGCCGGAUAGGCAAGGCCAAUGGCUCCGAAGAAGAAGACUCGAUGGUGCAUUGAACAGAGUCCCUCGCGAUUUUUAUCCUCGUGUUUGGCAAGUUUUGGAGCGGUGUCAAGGUCUCGUUAUCGAAGGCAAAGUACUGCCACAAAACUUGACUCAGGAAAUGACUUCAGGAGAACUGAAAUUCGCGCUUGCCUUCGAAACUGUUUUGAAUACCAUACCUCAACCCGAAUACCGUCAACUCGUCGUCGAGGCUCUCAUGGUCCUGACUCUCGUCACCGAGUACAACGUUGUUGCUUCGCUCGGUGGAUUGAUCGCUGUCGAACAUUUGGUCCACAAAGCAAAUGCUAUUUUCUUGGAGGAUCAAAUGAAAAUCGACGGAGAUGCAACGCUGUGUUGCGCGAAGCCAAAAGAGGAACGCGAAACAACAGCAAUAGGAACUUUACUGUGUGGAGGAGCCGCAUAUAUUUGUCAACACUUCUACGACACCGCACCGAGCGGAAGUUACGGAACGAUGACUUACAUUACUCGAGCGAUAGCGUCGCUGUUAAAUUGUUUGCCAAAAGACGGAGACAUUGAAUGUUCGAUAACGUAAAUCUGUUCUUUUCAUUCGUCGGUCUAUCUAAGAGAGUACUUGUAUUAGUUAAUUUUGUGAAAUUUUCCCAAUUGGAGAAACGAUACGCAAAUAUAAAACGUUCGAUUGAAAAACCUCUGUAUGCUGAGAUGUUCAUGUCUAAGACGUGCGUAUUGAUUCAAAUUUACUGAUAUUUCUAGGGAUUAAUAGGUUUUAAGGCCAAGUGUCAUACUGACUCGGCUAGCGAGAGUGUGUGAGAAAUAGCAGAAAAUCUGGAAAAUUAAAAUUUCUACCAUUUUCGUUUUAUCGGGAUGGAAAAAAAUGUUGCUCGCUCUUGUCAUUUUUCUGUGUGGGUUAAGUUUUUCUCUGUUCCGAUCGAUCAAACGGUGUUAGAUUUUUUUUCACUUUGAACUCUUAAACUUCAAUAUCUUUCGUGGAAAAAAAACUGCGAAAAACAUCGAUCCAGUUGAAACACACGCUUUAUUUGUUCGUGUUCCGAACAGCUUAUGUACAUACACGCGAAUUGCGACUCUGAAAAAAGUUUACUGUUCCUUCGGUGUUUUAGUGAAAGGAUUGAGCUUCGACAUCCACGAGCUACGGCAAAUAAAUUUUUCAUGGUGAA